AUGACUGAUACCGGACUUCCUCCAGGAUGGACACUUGCCGUGUCACGCACGCACAAUAAAGAGUACUUUUUGAACCAAGCAACCCGAGAGCUGUCUUGGGAGCCCCCUUUUGGAACCGACAAGUCCAAACUUGACGCUUAUAUUUCACAGUAUAAAGAGCGUGGAUUUAAACCCGUAGUACCUUCCGAUGGCAAGAUCAGAACAUCACACUUUCUUGUGAAGCAUAAAGACAGUAGAAGACCCAGAUCGUGGAAAUCUCCCGAUGGGAUCUCGCUCACCCGUGACGAAGCCAUAGCUAUUGCCAAGAAGUACCGUCAGCAAAUUGUCAAUGGCGACAAAAAGUUGAGUGAGUUGGCGGAACAUGAAAGCGACUGUUCGUCACAUUCUCAAGGCGGAGACUUGGGGUUCUUUGGAAAGGGCCAGAUGCAGCCUAGUUUUGAGGAAGCGGCGUUUGGACUUCACGUUGGUGAGAUCAGUGAUUUGGUGGAGAGCGAUAGUGGUAUACACAUUAUCCAAAGAACUGCGUAG